AUUUGCAAGCAGUCAUGGGGGGUCACCAGGGGAAGAAGAGCCUUACUGGUCUCAAUCUGGACUCGUAGCCUCGUCGUCGCCCUUCGCAAACCCGAAGGUCUGUUCUUAAUCUACUGGUUACAUGGACCCGUCGACUCUGGUACAGAAGAUCGAAUACGAGCCAGAGAGCGGUUUGAAUGCCAGAGUGCCACAUUCUUCUGUACACACGAGCAGACUGGGGGAGACAAAUGCCUCAGACAGUUGUAUUGAUUAACCCGUGAGGGCGCGGCAACGUUUACUGAGCACACCCAGAUUGGCUCCGCGCUUGAUUCUUCUUCCCUCCCCUUUGCGCUUUUGACGAGCUCCCUCGCUUUUUUUUUUCUGGGUGCGGUGGGUGUGCUUUGUCGCAGCUGGGUCCUUCUCCCUCCUGUCUCUAGGUGCUGAGUUCGUUAUGGAUUUGGAAGCCUCACCCUGCGCGUAGCAUUUGAAGAUUAUGUCCAUGGUGCUGGCAACCAAUUGCUGGCUUCCACAAGGAGCUGCGAGGGUGAUGUGUAGUGGGACUUUGCUGCAAAAGGAGUAUUCUUGUGGCGUGUAGUUGGCUGGCUGUACCCAUGCGUGCAUGAGCUGGGACGAGUUCAGCUCGCGAGAGGAGGCAUUAAGCUCAGAAUUUCUGUGUUUCCUGUGGAAUUGGUGUGGUAGAUGAUAGUAAUGUGAGAGUGAGGUGAUGCGUUUACGGUGUUGGUAACGUGGUGGAGCUGGAUGGCAUUGGAGAUAUCAUGGGGGUUGAAUGCAGGGCUGAGGUUCUGUUGUCGAUUAGCUUCAUUUUUCAAAAAUGGGGAGCAACGAGAGGUCUGAAAGACGAAAUUAACCACCUCUGUUGAGCAGUUUCGGAGGUCCAGACGAGAUGAACGCGUGGUUUAUGGGGUGUGAUUCUCCUGCGACCUGCACAAUCCAUUCUACUGUAGAAAGGAACCGAAAAUCAUAUCCAGCGGCUCAAGUACAUAGCUCAUGCGUGGGGAUGGUGGCUUCUGUUAUCGCUGCUGGCCAACAUUGUUGAAUCCAGCGUUAAUAUCAUACCCCCGGAGUAGAACUUCCAGUUUUACGAAGACUACUCAACCGCCGUCCCAAUGAUUGUUCUUGUGCAUUAAACCGUUCUCUACAUAAUCAAUGCGGUCCCGGAUUUGCACGCACAUCUCUCAAUGCAGCAGGUCUCGACAUACCAUAAGGUUGCAAGGGGACUCUCAAAUCAGUGUUCAGCGUUUAAGAUUCCAAAUAAUAGUCUGGCUUAUGCAGUCAAACACUGCAUUGCGCUCAGCUGUGAAAGUUGGAGACCUCGGUGGCAACAUUUCAGACAAUUACAGUAGCGCACGCAGACCAUAUAUUGUUGCGAGGAAGUACUAGAUUUUGGGGCACAUCCUCAAGUUCGAACUUGUUCAAACUUGUAGAGAGAUUAUCUGAAAUGGAAAAAAGUGACUACUCCGAAGUAAAGGAGCUCAUUACAAGCAAUUCCAACUGCCCGACUAAUUCUCCUUUUGACGGUGAAAACUCAGUCGUCUGCGGCUCAGCACAGGAUGAAGCAUUUCCGAAGGGUGGGCAUCUCCGAAGCUUCAGAAAAAUUGGAGCAGAAGUUGGAAACAGGAACGACCUUAAAGCUGCAUUUACCAAUCAGCGUUCUGAAAAAGACCCACGUGGGUGGGCGAUGGUGCACGAUGUUGGCCAUGGCCUCCAUUUCUCAGAAGCAGUCGCCGAUAUGGCCUUCGUAACCAAGAAUGCACUAGCAUUGCGUGAUGCACACUCAAAGGAAUCUCUAACAGCCCCCUUCAAAUCCAUCCAAUCUACAUCAAUUGAUAAGUUGAGUGCGGAUGAAUCAAGGGCAAAUUCUCAAAACGGGACCUUAUUUACAGCUCGAGUAGCCACGCAGAUGCCGUCUGGUAAUAUGACAAGCCAUGGACCCAUUAACGCCUUUAGCUUCACUUCCAGCCGCGGUGUGAAAGCUGCCACCGAAGCUGAGCCAUGCAACGAUGACGGCAACUUUGACAAGGACAGCAAGGUGAGCUUUGAAAUCAACCGGGCUGCUGCAAAUCGAUCAGUGGUCGGCCCUCUCACCAAGUCCACUCCAUCAAAGUGGGAUGAUGCUGAGAAAUGGCUGUCCUCUGGUGAAGCGGUACCUGCAAAAGUAAGGUCUAAGAUUUCUCCUCUUUCUGCUCUAUCUCAGACUGGAGCUCAAGUGAUCCCUGGGAGGAAAAGUAAUGCAAAUCCCAAUCCAGAAGUAGAUGGGCUCGAUGAAAUAAACGGAGUUGAUGACUCCUCCGGGGAGAAUUGCUUCGAUAGAGGUGACAUGUCAUUGGAAAAGUGCAAUACAUUCCAAUCGGAUUGUACGAAGAAGAAGGAAGUACCACGAUUCGCCUUCAUGCCAGCAGGAAAGCCUUUGCCAUUGCCGCCACCGUCGGCAACAGUGGAUCGGUAUCCGCUGGAGGAAGUCUUUCGGUGUGACGACAGCAGUGCGAGAGCUCCUAAUGAGCCAUACUCGUAUCAUAAUGUGAAACCAACUGAUCUCAUCGAGACUCAUGGAAAGAUAGUAGGAAAGAUCGACGGAACGAAUGAUCCAAGCGCGCUACCAAACUCAACCGACACAUCUGUUUUUGCCGAAUCAGAUGUAAUCAACAUGCGAACAGUCUGUAUGCGUGACAUGGGCACCGAAAUGACCCCCAUAGCGAGUGUAGAGCCAUCCUGCACUGCCACUCCGUUAAUGGCAACUACGCCAAACCUUGGAAGUCCUGCAAAUUCGCGACCUUCAUCCCCAGGGAGGAAGAAAAAUAGCACACCUGCAAGCACCAGCUCCACAGCCAGCAAGGCUGCUCCCAAGUCCACUGAGACAAAUCCUAUUUUGUCUGAGAGAGACAAAACUAGAGCGGAGAUUCUGGCCUUAGGUACUCAACUGGGUAAGGCGAACAUUGCAGCGUGGGCGACAAAAGAGGAAGAAGAGGCUGAUGCUGCUCAAGCUCUCAAGGAAAAUCUGGAGAUACAGGAAGUGCGCAAGAAUUUGUUGGCUAGUCGAGCUGCUGCAUGGGAAGAGGCGGAACAUGCAAAAUUGAUUGCCAGAUUCAAGCGUGAGGAAGCCAAGAUUCAAGCAUGGGAAAACCAUGAGAAAGCGAAAGCUGAGGCUGAAAUGCGCAGAGUGGAGGUGAAGGUGGAAAGAAUGCGAUCUCAUGCACAUGAAAGGCUGAUGAACAAGCUGGCAGCAGCCAGGCGACGUGCCGAGGAUCUCCGUGCAAAGGCUGAGGCCCUUCGGUGCGAGCAAGCAGCUAAGACAGCCACAAGGUCUGAGCACAUUCGCCGCACGGGAAAAAUUCCAACAGCUUUCUCCAGCCACUUCUGUGGGUAAGAUUUAAAUUCUCAAUCGAUGCCAGCGUACUUGGUCCAGAAUCAGCUCCAAAGAUCACCACGGAAGACAGCUGCACAUCAUACAUCGAUAUCAUCAAAUUAGUAUUCUGAUCAUUAAGCAUGGUUUGCUGCAGUCUUAUCUGACAUGGCUUGAGUUAGUCCCUCUGUUGGAACUAUGAUUCAACGGAUGAAUACACACCCGAUAUCAGAACCGGGUUUCUUAGGGUCAUGUGACCCUUGCUCACUUCAA